ACGCCCUCACACACCAAACAGAGCAUUUUUAACAGAGUCGUAUAUGAAUAAAAAACAGAGGAACCCACCUUUGGAUUAAACUUGUUCUUCUUCUUUCUUCGUCCAUGGCUGAAUCUUUCUUCUGCAGCCAUUGAAGAAUCAAGAAGAUUUAUGAUGACACAAAUUUGUAAAAAGCUUGAGCAAGUCAAAAUCAGGUGGAGUUUAGUAGAGGAGAAGGUAUCGAUUUUUCGACAGUUUUUUCAGUUCAUUUGGGACAGGAUUCUUUCUUGCUCAAUAGGUAAACAGAGGAAGUACCGCCGGCUGGCUCACCGACAGUCACCAGAGCCUAUUGAGGCUGCUCUGGAGGACCAGGAGGCCGCGACGACGACGUCGGGUAGUGGGUACGACUCGGAUUCUGACUUGGUGCCCUUGAAGAUUAGUAUUCUUGGUGAUUGCCAGACUGGGAAGACAACUUUUGUGAUCAAGUAUGUUGGAGAUGAGCAGGAGAAGAAAUGCUUACAAAUGGGAGGAUUAAAUUUAAUGGACAAGACAUUGUUUGUUCAAGGAGCAAGAAUUUCAUUUAGUAUAUGGGAUGUUGGAGGUGAUAGUAUGGCACUAGAUCAUGUACCAAUUGCAUGUAAAGAUGCAGUUGCAAUUUUGUUUAUGUUUGAUCUUACCAGUCGGUGUACGCUUAAUAGUGUAAUUGGAUGGUAUAGCCAAGCAAGAAAGUGGAAUCAGACAGCAAUUCCUAUUCUAAUAGGAACCAAAUUCGAUGAUUUUGUCAAGCUUCCUCCAGAUUUGCAAUGGACGAUUGUGACCCAGGCAAGAGCAUAUGCAAGAGCAAUGAAAGCUACACUUUUCUUCUCAAGUGCUACACAUAACAUAAAUGUCAACAAGAUCUUCAAGUUCAUAAUGGCUAAGCUCUUCAACUUGCCAUGGACUGUUGAGAGAAACUUGACCAUCGGAGAACCCACCAUCGACUUCUGAAGCUGCCAUUCUCCGAUCGAAACCUUCAUGUACAUACAUUGCCGAUAAAGAGGAAUAAACACUCUGCAAAUUUAACUACCAACAUCUUAUGCUCUAGGUGAUUUUUUUUGGUUCUUUUUUUUAGAAUCCCGUUCGUUUUCUUUUUUUUUCAUUUUGUUCCUUGUAAUGAUACAAGACGGGUGCGUGUUGGGGGUACAACAGGUAUGUACUCAAUGUAACGGUAGAUCUAGAGACUCCACAAUUCGUUUAUAAUUACAGAGUUUACAAUUUGAAUCCAAUGGUUUGAGAGCAAAA